AUGGCAAUUUCCAACGACAUCCCGCCAUCGCAUGAGCGAGUUGUGCCGGGUUCCUGCAACAUCGAACUCGGCCAAUUCCCCAAGACCAUGUCAUCCGAGUCGGAUGUUGCAUUAGACCCGAACGCUGUUGCGGACGAAAUCACCAAUCAGCUAAACACGGGUCUCGCAUCCAGAGACAAGGCAGCGGUCGCAUCACUAUUUCUCGAGAAUUGCUACUGGCGUGACCACCUGUGUUAUUCGUGGGACUUCCGCACCCUCGAGGGGAGUCAACCUAUCUCCGCCUUUGUCACCGAGACAGCACCUAGUAAAAUCGAAAUCGAUCGAUCAGUUGACUUCAAAUCCCCACACAAGGCUCCUAUUGAUUCCUUUGGUGAUGUCUUCGGAAUUGAAUUCCACAUCAAGGUCACCACCGAGAAUGGACAGGGAAAUGGUAUCAUGCGACUGGCGGAAGAUGAUGGCAAAUGGUACAUUUUCACCGUCUUCACUUCCAUGGUCGAGAUAAAGGGCCACGAGGAGAACAAGGAGAGGCCAUUUGGUGUUCGACAUGGCGAGCAGCAAGGUCGGAAGAACUGGAAAGAUCGGCGUAUUGAUGAGAUUAACUUCGAGGGCAAGGAUCCGGCAGUAUUGAUAGUUGGUGCUGGCCAGGGUGGCUUGACUGCUGCUGCACGUCUCAAGAUGCUCGAGGUUGACACCCUCAUCAUCGACCGAGAAGAGAAGAUCGGAGACAACUGGCGUCAGCGAUACCAUCAGCUUGUUCUCCAUGACCCGGUAUGGUACGACCACAUGCCUUACUUACCCUUCCCGCCCGACUGGCCCAUCUACACACCAAAGGACAAACUGGCGGAUUUCUUCGAGACAUACGUGAAGUUCCGAGAGCUCAAUGUUUGGAUGCAAACCGAGAUGAAAUCGUCAUCCUGGGAUGAGGACAAGAAGCAAUGGACUGUUGUUCUCGAGCGCAAGACAGAAAACGGAACCGAGACGCGCACCUUACACCCACGCCACAUUAUCCAAGCUACCGGCCACUCUGGCAAGAAAAACAUGCCCACUUUCGAAGGAAUGGAAGAUUUCAAGGGAGAUCGCCUGUGCCACAGCUCGGAGCAUCCUGGCGCGAAUUCCGAGUCAAAGGGUAAAAAGGCCAUCGUCGUUGGAUCGUGUAACUCGGCAAACGAUAUCGCGCAGGACUUCGUCGAGAAAGGGUACGACGUGACUAUGGUGCAGCGAAGCUCUACCUGCGUGGUAUCAUCCGACUCUACCUUGAGUAUUGCCUUCAAAGGGCUCUAUGAUGGGACCGGUCCGCCAACCGAAGACGCCGAUCUUUAUCUCACGAGCGUUCCAUUGCGCCUACUCAAAGCGCAACAAGUUAAAGUCACCAAACUCACGAUUCAGAACGACGCAAAGACGACCGAAGGGCUGGAAAAGGCAGGUUUCAAGGUCGACAACGGACCAAUGGACAGCGGUCUAUUGAUGAAGUACUACCAUCGCGGAGGCGGGUACUACAUUGACGUCGGUGGAAGCCAGCUCAUUAUUGAUGGGAAGGUCAAGGUCAAGCAUGGUCAGGAAAUCAGCCAAGUUCUUCCCCAUGGACUCCGAUUUGCGGAUGGUUCAGAGCUUGAAGCCGAUGAAAUCGUGUUUGCCACUGGAUAUCAGAACAUGAGAACCGAGACUCGUGUCAUUUUCGGCGACAAGGUCGCUGACAGGGUUGGUGAUAUCUGGGGUCUUGAUAAAGAGGGUGAAAUGCGGACUAUCUGGCGGCGGAGUGGUCACCCUGGAUUCUGGUUUAUGGGAGGGAACCUCGCUCUUAGCAGGUACUACUCGCGUCUGCUGGCAUUGCAGAUCAAAGCGCUGGAAGAGGGGUUGACUACUUGGUAG